AUGUCUGUGCUCGAUUCCAGGUCUUCAGAGAACACAAAAGCAGCCAGCAAGAUGACCUUCGACUAACAAAAUGCACCGUCGGACAAUGACUCAGGCUGCGCGCUGGAGGAGUACGCAUGGGUCCCCCCGGGACUCAAGCCUGAACAGGUCCACCAAUAUUUCCGCUGUCUCCCAGAAGAGAACAUUCCAUACGUCAACAGCAUCGGAGAGAAAUUCCGUGUUAAACAGCUCCUCUACCAGCUCCCACCUCAUGACAAUGACGAAAAGUACUGCCAAUCACUCAGUGAAGAGGAGAAGAUGGAACUGCGUGUUUUCAGUGGACAGCGGAAGCGGGAGGCCCUGGGGCGUGGAAUUGUCCAAGUCUUCCCGCUAACUGCAUCCGGAGCACUGUGUGAAAAGUGCGGUGUGAAGAUGAAUGGUGGCGAUGUGGCCGUCUUCGCUCAGAGAGCAGGGAACCACACCUGUUGGCACCCUCACUGCUUCGGUUGUAUCACCUGCCAGGAGCUACUAGUCGACCUCAUAUACUUCUACCAGGAUGGAAAGAUAUACUGUGGUCGACACCACGCUGACCUGUUUAAACCCCGCUGUGCAUCAUGUGACCAGUUGAUCUUUGCCGAAGAGUGCACAGAGGCAGAAGGCAGAUAUUGGCACAUGGACCACUUCAGCUGCACUGAGUGCGAAGCCAUUCUUGGAGGCCAGAAGUACAUUAUGAAGGAAGGGCAGCCAUACUGCUGCGGCUGUUUCGAAAUGCUUUACGCAGAGUACUGUGAAACCUGCAGAGAAAUCAUUAGUAUUGACUAUGGACAAAUAACAUUCAGUGGUCAGCAUUGGCAUGCAACCAGCUCUUGCUUCUGUUGUUCUCAAUGCAAGAAGCCUCUCUUGGGCUGCGCCUUCACCUACAGGCACGGCCAGGUCUUCUGCUCAAUCAUGUGCAGCCAAGCGGAAGAACCUGUCAGCUCUGAUUCCUCAGACUCAGCUGUUCAGUCAACACAGUCCCAAGAAUCGAGUUGUAUUUUCAGUCUCGGAGAAGACCACAUGGCCGCCAAUGCCUCUGGCGGCUCCUCGCCCGAAAACCCUCACUACGGUCAGACCGCUGAGACGCUGCCUGUGGACAACUCAGAGCCUCGGCUUCAACAUGGGAACAUUCCCAGUGUCGGCGGCCAGACACCUGGUGGUACUGAUGACCUUGUCUUGGUGCUCAAAGGCCAGUACAAGAGUCCUGUCCAAAUCCAGCACUGGCAGACAGGCUAUGAGAUGGUGAAAGAUGAGGCUGAAUCUCGGGGUGAAGUCAGGAGAUCAGAGACGUCGCAUCCAGACUGCGUCACAAAAGAGAGGGGACUUCCCGUUGGAAUACUGAACCACAAUCAAGAACUAGCAAAUGGAAGUGGCCAUUUGGCAAUGUCAUGCAACUUCAAUUGGCUUAAAGGUGGACUCAAGAAUGCCAUGAAAGUCAUUGAUACGUCCAUGGUUAAUAAGGGACAGGAAGGCUGCUCUGUUGAAAAGCAUGGGUUGGAGCAGGCUAUAGCUUCAGAACCUUCUUCUCUUGAUCAGAGCUUGGCGUUCAGACAGCAGCUGGACACCUACUGCGUUCAACAGGCAGGUCAGCCAAGGGACAUAUCAGAAGGCUCCAACAAAGCCCUGUGGAGCAAACACAAUCAAUGGUUGGAUGUUCAAACCGGUUCAGAAAAUCACACACAGGAUCAGCAAGCAAAGCCAGGAAAUCCACCACAGACUUCGAAAGACAAGGGAACCGGACAGAAAAUUGGAAGAAGCCAAAUGGAGUCCUCAGCAACAAGCCAGAGUACAGGAACUGUGAACGAAGAUGUAUACAAGACGUCAAAAUCAUUUAGACCCACUGACCACGAGACUGGAAAGGAAGUAGAAAUACAGACCAACUUUGGAAUUCUGAAGGCAUACUCCCACAAAAGAAGCACAGAGUCUCUCCACCUCGUGAACAAGCAGCCAGAGGGAGCGCCACAAAGGCCAAGACGGAAGCCGGACUCAGCCCCUCCGUUGCGGAGAACUGCAGCCCAACUCAGACCCCAAAAAAUCACCUUCUCUGACACGGUGGUUUCGAAACCGGCGGAGAGAGGCAGAUGGUACCAGGUCCCAAUGAGUGAGCAAACUCAGAGGAAAGUGUACAGGCGCAAGGGGAGCUACCGUAGCCAUCACCACCAGUGUGGGAGAGUUCAACGUUCAUGUUCUGAUGAAGCCCUCCACACAAUCACCGAGAGAUCCAUAGAGAGUCCAAAUAAUCGCAUUUACUUGGAACAUUAUAACCAGUUGAUCCACACAACUGGAUGCCCUGAACCACAAACAAAGCCACCCCACAGACAACAAACCUUUCAUGGGGCGGGGGGUCACGUUUUUCAGAAUUCCGCCUCAAAUGACGUCUUGGGUUUGCGUUGCGAAGAUGACAAUCCCUGUUGUUCCACCUGCUCCUCCUCAUCCUCUGACUCGGAAGAGGAGGGCUACUUCCUCGGACAGCCUAUUCCGCAGCCCAAGACGAGCAACGGCUUCCACCUCAGCCGGGAGCCCUGGAAACCUGAUGUGGCGCCUGACGUCCUGUUGGCGCAGAGAGGUAAAGCUGACAGGAAGCGGGAGAGCAGGAGCAAAAACUGUACCAUUGCCUAGACAACCCAUAGACUUGGUG